UCGCCACGGAUACAUUAAACGCAACUAAACAGGAAGCUUCUCUCAUCGUAUCAGCCGCUAGAGGCGCCCAAUUAGCUGGUCAGUUCAUUUUCAUAUUAAUUGCAAAGUAUACUCCGAUUCCCAUUGUUGUAUUCAUUGUGACACACGCAAUUGCUGUUAUUAAUGUAGUAGCCAUUGUGUAUUCUCUAAAGAGCCUUCUUAAUUUUGGAAUAUUUGGAUGCGUCUUUGAUUUCUUUUUCGCGAGUGUGUGGGCAUCGGGUAUGGCUUGGGCUGAAUUAUACAUGGAUGUUACCGGCUCGGCAAUUAUGAUAUGGAAUACAGGGUAUGGUUCUGGUAAUACUUUAAUUGAAUGGGGUAGCGGAUAUAUCUUGCAAAACUAUGG